CGAUGGCUACACCAGAGCAGCUAGAACUAUCUGGGUUUAUAAAGUCCGUCCAUCAACGACUACGUGAUUCGGCGAAGGAACAAGAUCCGGAAACGGUAUGGAAAGAACACGUUCGUGAUGCAGAUUUGUUAAAAAGCUACGCAGAAGCAAUGCACAAACUGGCAACCUGCUACUGGGAUCGCACAAUGGAAGUGAGCUGCAAACGAUCGAACAGUCGCAUCGAAUGGGUUGUUGCAUCUUGUCGAUGCUACUUUCAUGGAGCAACACCGCUUCUGUAUCUGUUUCGCGAGAAGGACGAUAAAGUUAUGCAGGCGAUCGACACCGGCUACCAUUACGAGCAUCGUCCGUACUCGAUCGACCGAAUAAAGCUGCUUGAUGUGGGUAGCUGUUACGAUCCGUUCUCAUCUUUUCCGGACUUUGAUGUAACGGCCAUCGAUAUAGCUCCAGCACGUUCUUCAGUGUGGCAUUGUGAUUUUCUCGAAGCAGCAGUGGAUCACACCUUGACAAAUCUGUUCACUUCAGAAGAGAACCAUUCCAUCGAGGCGUUCCCUGCUGCUUAUUACGAUGCGAUAGUUUUUAGCUUGCUGCUUGAGUAUCUCCCUUCGUCGGAGCAACGAUUACGAUGCUGCCAGAAGGCGUACGAUUUGUUGAAACCAGAAGGAAUCCUGCUCAUCAUAACACCGGACAGCCGACACCAGGGAGCGAAUGCGAAAUUGAUGAAAAAUUGGCGCUUCACGCUUGGACUGAUAGGAUUUUCUAGGAUAAAAAUCGAAAAACUAGAACAUGUAACGUGCAUGGUGUUUCGAAAGUGCAUUUUCCCAGCAGUUGGUAAAAGAUGGUGUGAUAUACAUCGAGAAGCGUAUAUGCAACCAGUGUUGAAUAUUCCGCAGGACUUUAACGAACCGAAGCAGGAGAAAAAGGAUGGUUGUGCUGUGGAUGUGUCUCGAACGGAUGAGGACGAUGGAGAAAUAAGGGCAGCUUUUGCUGGGAUGCCUUUUGAAGAAAGUGAAUAA